AUGGCUGACUCAACGACUGAAGAGCCAGCAGGAGGCGUUUGCAUGGAGGAUUCACCUUGUGGUUUCGGUUCUCUUCCAAGCGAAAUACUCUGUUUAAUCGGUGGAUAUCUUGAUGCAUGGGACCUGAGAGCUCUUGUCAUGACCGCAACGCGAUUCCAUAUGGCCCUGGACCGGAUGCUCAUGAGAAAAGCUCUUCGCGAUGUUACCGUCGGCGAUUGGGCCGACUUCCAUACUAUUCUUCGUUGUGCUAUAUCCAAAGGCCAUAUUGAAAGAGCAAAAGCACUGCUAGAGAUUGGACGGGGCUCGCUGGAGAUGAUGACAUAUAGAUCAGCCUUGGAAUGUGCCGCAGAAAAGGGAUAUUUGGACCUCGUCCAGAUAAUAUUGAACGAUAGUGGAUUGGACCUGUCGAAGUACGGCACACAAGCGUUGAAUAGGGCAAUAGUAUCUCAAUCCCCCGAGAUAUAUACGCUGCUGGCGGGUGCUGGAGCUAUGUUGAAGGAUCGGGUCUGGCAUAUUCCACAGCCCAACCUAGGUAUUUAUGCAGUACAUGCUGCUGCAUGCUGGGGCCGUAUCGACUUACUGCAGUUUAUAAUGAGCUGUGGCGCCGAUCUUGACGAGCCCGAACCCUCUACAUCAUGGCGGCCGCUUCAUUAUGCUGCGUUUCACGGUCAAGCUCUCGUCGUUGAAUUCCUUCUUGAUAACGGAGUUAAUCCAAUAGCCAGGUGCGUCGAAAACAAUACAGCUAUGAUGAAUAUUGCUAUAACAGUAGAGCCGCCUUACAGCCUAGUUAAUCCCGAAUUCAAAAAGAGAACCAUGGCAUUCUCCGCUGGCCAUAGGCGGGUUAUUAAAAUGCUUCUCGACCAUGGUUCGGAUCUUUAUAUGCAAAAUCAUCAUGGGAUUACGGUUCUUCACUUAGCAUCUGCUAAUGGUUACGUCGAGCUCGUUAAAUAUCUGAUCAGCCUUGGGGCUGAUACGACUUCAAGGGAUACUCAAGGGCUAACCCCUUUAUACCAUGCGAUUUCUAAUUGCCAAGUAGAAGUGGUAGAGGUUCUUUUGGCUGCAGGCGCUUCUCUUACAACUAAGAACAAUGAGGGCGCUUGCGCUAUACAUAUUGCAGCAGAGGCAGGGUAUCCGUCUAUUGAACUUUUACGGCUUCUAACUAUGGAUGAUGUAGACCCUCUUGCUAUUGACUAUAACCGGCGGACAGCAUUACAUUACGCGGCUGAAGGUGGCUCUAUGGAUACGUUACAGCUUCUCCUUAAAAAGACGGGUGUUAAACUCACGCCGCCGCCAAAGAAGCCAUUGGCACUAAAUGGGGCGGUGGAAAAGCAUGAUCCGGAUAUGGUCAGAUAUCUUCUUGAAGCUGGUGCGGAUAUCUCAUGUGUUAGGGGAAAUUAUAUGAUAUCUGCUCUCCAUAUUGCAAUAGCGGAGGGAACUGAGGAUCUUGUCGAGCUCCUGCUAAAAUAUGGUGCGGACCCUAACCGGUAUUGCUGUUCUAAACGCUACCCACUCCAAUGCGCAAUUAAACAAGGGGCUACGGCAAUUGCUCGUGUGCUUCUGAGAAACGGGGCGGACAUAUCAGCUAAAGGGAAUCCGUCAGAACCACCGUUGAUUCUAGCGGCUCGGGGUUAUGGUUCGGGUUUUUGUAAUCUGAGUCUUGUUAAAAUGUUAAUCGAAGAGGGAGCUGAGAUUAAUAUUUGUCGCCAUGAAAGUUACGGUGUCUUAGAAGCUGCUGCUUCUCAUCCCACUACACCAAGAGGAAAAAGUGCGCUAAUUAUUUCAUACUUUCUUGAAAACGGAGUUGAUAUCUCGAGACCCUCUAAUGACGGGGGAUCGAUUCUAUCUCCCUUCUGUAAACAGGGUGGCCACGAUAACUCUAUUAAGAUGCUGAUAGAGGCUGGUGCGGAUAUCAAAUGUCAGGAUAGAUCUGGAAACACACUUCUCCAUGACCUUGCCCUUCGUUGUGGUACUCAAAAACCAUUUUCUAUAAACCUAUUUCAGGAAUUUAUGGAUAGAGGAGCGGAUGCGUCGUUGGUGAAUCGAGUCCACCAGACCCCUUUACAUGUUGCAUGCAGCGGUGGGUUAGACUUUGAUCUACAACCACUUUUUGAUGCAGGAAUGGACCCUCUUCGUGAAGACAUAUGCGGGUGGACUGCUAUACAUUAUGCAGCGUGGGCAGGGCACCCUCUACAACUGUCACAGCUUAUAAGAGCAUUAAAACGGCGCGCAAUACCAGAAGACACCACUCCUAUGCAGAGUCACUCAGUCAGCCCUGAAGCAUAUAUCAAGUCAAUCCUCGACUUGAAGGAUGUUUAUGGUUGGACGGCACUGCAUCUCUCUGUGAUGGAGUUCGCGCCCGCUGUAAGGUUCCGCAAUAUAGAGGAGUAUUGCCACCCGAACUCCAACGAAAGCCAUGAAGUGGUCCAGCUGUUGCUUGAGUCAGGAGUUGAUCCAUCUCUCGUUAAUAGCCAAGGACAAACGCCACUUGACCUCGCCAGAACUAGACGUCCGAGCUGCUGGCCCUUCGAAAGGACGGAGCUGAAUCGGAGAAAAUCCUUCAUGCUGCUUAGCGGGGAAGGCUUGAAAUGA